AUGCCCUCGUCUGAACAACGAGAAGGAGUCGACUUGAGCAAAGCAUUCGCUGACCUCUGUCAAGCUUGCCGUUCUGGGGACUACGAAGUGGUGGACUCGCUUCUCUCCACACGUAAUUUGAAUAUCAACCAAGUGGACGAGUGGGACUACUCGCCGUUGAUAUUGGCAUCUUUGUGUGGCCACUUGAAAAUCGUGGGAUUGCUCUUGAGCAGAGGUGCUGUGUGUGAUAGAGAUACUUUCCAAGGUGCACGUUGUGUCUACGGUGCUUUGACCGGAGAUAUCCGGAACUUGUUGAUCAGUUUCGAUCUUUCCAAGGCAGUGGACAUGUCGCAGCCCUUUGCAAGUCAUAUUUCAUCAUUGUUGGGGCCCUUGAACCAAACAUUAACAAAGGACAUUUCGUUCUACUUUCCUCGUGUCAACGGUGCAAUGGCUCUGGACUUGCAGUCGUUUAGAUUGAACCGGUUUCUAUUGGCUGCUAGAAGUCCAUACUUCCGGGAGAAGCUUCAGGGUCCCUGGAAGUACAAAUCCGUGGUGAAGAUGCCCUCUAUUUCUGACCCUGCUGUUUUUAAAAUUAUUGUGGACUACAUUUAUCUCAGGAGCGAUACGUUACCAAUUGACCAGGCUCUGACUCAAGACGAAUUGGCAAAGUUUGCUAAGAAGCUCAAGCUUGAGGAUUUGGCAGAAGGUAUCGAGAGAAUCAAGAAUGUAGUAUACAAGAAACAAAAAGCAAAGAUCAAGCACGACCUUGCACACAAGUUCGUGGAGAAGGCAAGACAGGACUUGGAAACCUUCCUCAAAGACAGCAUUUUCAAGAACCUGGUAUCUUCGGAGUUGAAUCUCACCGAAGAGGUCGAAUUUGAGGAUAUACAGACAUCAGAAUAUUUGACAGACGAACAGAAGCACCAGUUGAUCGAGUCAGGGAGCUUGCCUGACAUCAUUCUCUCCUGUAUCGACUCCGAAUCGGAGCGGGUUGUGUUUUUCCCAGUCAAUAAGUCCAUUGUAUCGAGAUCCGAAUACUUCGAUACCAUGUUCAAAUCAGAUAUAUUCUCUAGCUCACAGGUCGAUAUUCCAGUAUACAAGGAUUUUCUGGAGACAGCAAAUACCGACAUUAUUGAUCGUCCGGCCCUUCUCCCUCCACAUAUACCUGUUAUCCAGCUCUCGACCAGCAUCUCGAGUGUGGUGGUCUCCCACAUGCUAUUGUCAUACUUGUAUCACGAUGAUAUCCAUGAGAUUACUCUUUCGUCAACUAUCGAACUACUCUUUGCGGCUGAUGAGCUCUUCAUGGAUAGAUUAAAAACAAUCUGUGCUGUUAAUAUCACUUCCAAUUUCAACAAAUUCACCAUCGACGAGUUCCAAAAGAUACAGGACUCAGUUGGAUACAAUGCGUAUGAUUUGAUCAGAAUUUCAUGGCAAACCAGAUGUGAUAAGUUGGAGCAACAUAUCACGAAGAUGAUUGCCCAUGGUCUUGGUUUUAUCUACGGCGAGGAAAAGGAACGGAAAGAACUCUUGUUAUUGAUUAAUGAGAGUGCGGCCAGAAUCACUGAGAGACAGGACACCGAUACCAUCGAAUUGAUUGAUGAUAUUCGUUAUUAUCUCAGCAAGAAGUAUUCCGUCAAAGAUGAAUUCAAGGACUUUGAUCCGCUUGGAGACCAGUUCCAAGAUGGAAGUGCACUCUCAAAACCAAGCGACAUCAAGGUCUUGAGAAGUGCAUGGUUGAAGUAUCAAGCAGACAUAGACAUGGUGGAUGGAUUGUUAGAAGAGUUAGAUUUGGCAGCAUGA